AUGGGUAGAGAAGAGCAAACAGAAGAGAGGGAAGUCCUCGACUCCAUCUUUCCCGAAGAAAUCACCGGUGCAACAGACAUCUCCGACACCGAGUACCGCGUCUCGAUACAGCUAGAAGUAACCGAAGCCGACGAAGAAUCCACCGAGAGCGCUCCCAUCCUCAUCCUCUCCGUCUCAUACCCCGAAGACUAUCCAGACGUAGCACCCCGACUAGACCUCUCAGCCCCACCAAACGCUCCAAAGCACACACACCUCGACAUACAAGAAGACAAGACACGACUACUCGAUGGCUUGACGGCAACAAUCGAAGAAAACCUGGGUAUGGCCAUGGUCUUCACCCUCGUCACCACCCUAAAAGACGAAGCCGAGCUCUUGAUACAAGAGCGACAACAAGCCGUCCAAGCCGAAAAGGACUUGGAAGCCGCAGAAGCAGAAGCAGAGGAAAACCGCAAAUUCGAGGGUACAAAAGUGACGAGGGAGACAUAUCUGGAGUGGAGCAACAGGUUCAAGGAGGAGAUGGCAGAAGCAAAGAAGAGGGCUGAAGAGCAGAGAGAGGCCGAAGAAAAGAAAAAGAGGGGUGGUAAGGAGGAGAAGAAGAUGACAGGGAGAGAGCUUUGGGAGAGCGGUGUUGCGACCAGAGCCUUUGUCGACGAGGACGACGAUGGUGCCGAUGCUCUCGAGGCUAUGAAGAAGCUCAAGGUCGAGGCAUGA